UUGGAGUAUCAGUCACUUGAAGGUGAUUUUCUUAAAAAUGCCAAAUCAUGCGAGGAAGUUAUCACAUCUGUAAAUUAUACUGAGGAUCAAAUUGGUGGAAAGACAAUCACUCAUAAAAUUGGACCAGAAACUCCUGAUGAACAGCCAGAAAAUCCUAAUAACCAACCAGAAAAUUCUGAUAAUCUACCAGAUAACAAAGAAAAUCCUAAUGAUCAAAAAGAAGAUAGUGACAAUAAAAAAGGAAAUAACAAGACAGGCAUUAUUGUGGGAGUGACUGUUGCUUUACUUGUUAUUGUAGCUAUUGGAGUUAUUUGUUUCAUUGUUUACAAGAGAAAAUUUGCACAUAAAGAUGAUGAUGAUUCGAAUAACGAUGAAGAGAAAAACAAUGCUAGAUCAGAAAUUUCAUAA